AUGUCUAAUCUACAGCAACAACAGCAGCAACAACAACAACAACAACAACAACAACUACAACAACCGCCAUUCACUUUAAAAAUAAGUAAUAUUCCUCCUGAUUUAUCAGAAAGAGAAGCUUCGUUAAUUUUUGCCCUUGUUAUUGAUGAUAUUUUAAAUAUAGAAAUUGUUAAUUAUAAAAUUAUCGCAACAUUUACCAAUUUUGGGACUUGUAAAACUACACUCCAACUUUUAAAUAAUAAGAGAGUAUUUGGGAAAAAUAAUUUACCAAUAAAAGUAGAAAUGGGACAAAGUAGAUCUUCAAUCUUUUUUAAUUAUGAUUAUAUACCUCAACCUCCUGCAAUACGAUCUCAACAACCAAUUCAACAAACUUCACAACCUACAACAACUUCUCCAUCGAGUUACUUUAAUACUGAAUCAUUAAAACAGGCAAUUACGUUUUCAAAUGGCCAACAACAAACUCCACAACAACCUCAACAACAGCCUCAACAACAACCUCAACAACAGCAACAACAACAACAACAACAACAACAACAAUCGCCAACAAGUGAUAAUCCUGUAACUACAGGAGUUGCUAAUUCUCAUAUACCAGAUUUAUCAUUAUUAGCUAGAGUUCCACCACCUGCUAAUCCAGCAGAUCAAAAUCCACCAUGUAAUACCCUUUAUGUGGGGAAUUUACCACCAGAUGCAACUGAAGUAGAAUUAAGAAGUUUAUUUCAACCACAAAGAGGAUUCAGAAGAUUAAGUUUUAGAACUAAAACAAAUGAAAAAAAUGUUGGUGGUGGUGGUGGUGGUGGAGGUGGUGGUGGGUCCAAUCAUGGUCCUAUGUGUUUUGUUGAAUUUGAAGAUAUUGCAUUGGCUACUAGAGCAUUAGCUGAAUUAUAUGGAACUGCAUUACCUAGACCUAAUGGGACUAUAAAUAAAGGUGGCAUAAGAUUAAGUUUUUCAAAAAAUCCAUUGGGGGUAAGGGGUCCUAAUAAUCCAAGAAGAUCAAGUCAAAAUCCAAUAAAUAAUAAUGGUGGACAACAAGGACAAUCUCAAACACAAUAG